AUGAAGGUUGUUGAAUUUCAUGUGCUUGGUUUCUCUGACUCUGUUGCAGUUACGAAUGAAAUCGCUGGCCUUUCACUACCAUUCAAGUUAAUGGAUGAACUCAUUAUCAUUAUGGACACAAAAUGGCAGGAUUCUUCGAAUUCCAUAUGCUGGGAUUUUUUGAGUGAUUUGGCUUCCAUGGAUCUUCACGAAAAUCCUCUUUUUGGGGGGUGUUGGGGUGGACUGCCCGAAAGGCGAUCUUAUCAAAGGCCGUCUUACUAUCGUACAAACCCUUACGCUGCAACUUCGAACCCUACUCCAGUAAAAUCGAAGAGCACGCCUAACGUAAAGCCCAAGAAAAUCGUCACAGUUCCAGUCAAUUUCGUCGAUUCUGAAAAAUUCAAAUCCAAAAAGGUGCCCGCCAUGGACGAAAAUACAGCGGCUGUAAAAAUUCAGGCGGCUUUUCUAGGGUUUUGUGUGAGGAAGUCAAGGCCUCUGAACAAAUUGAGGGUUAUAAUGAAAACCAGGUCAGAGGCUGUAGAAAUUCGGAGACGUGUGAAUGACAAACAUGUUGUGGAGUUGAUUCGACGAGAUGAGAAGGAGCGGCUGAAAAUUACGGAGUGGAUCAUGUCUCUAUUGCUCAGGCUCGAUGAAAUUCAGGGAGUGAUUCCUUUUGUGCGCGAAUCAAGAAAGACUGUGAUUCGUGAGCUGGUUUACUUGGAAGAGACUUUAGAUGACAUAAUUCCGGCCAAAUCCAGGCAAGAUGCUGCUACAGAAAAAACAGAGGAGACUUUGCGUUCUCAAAUGCAAGAUUUGCAAAUUCUAAAAUCUGAGAGUGCGCCCAAUAAAGUCGUCACAAUUCCAGUCAAUUUCGUCGAUUCUGAGACAUUCAAAUCCAAAAAGGCGCCCGCCAUGGACGCAAAUACAGCGGCUGUAAAAAUUCAGGCAGCUUUCCUAGGGUUUUGUGUGAGGAAGUCCAGGCCUCUGAACAAAUUGAGGGUUGUAAUGAAAACCAAGGCAGAGGCUGCAGAAAUUCAGAGGCGUGGAGUGAUUCCUUUAGUGCGGGAAUCAAGAAAGGCUGUGAUCCAUGAGCUGCUUAACUUGGAAGAGACUGUAGAUGACAUAAUUGAGGCCAAAUCCAGGCAAGAAGCUGCUACAGAAGAAAAAGCAGAGGAGUCUUUGCCUUCUGAAAUGCAAGAUUUGCAAAUUCAGGGUUCCCCUGAAGAAGACAAUAGUAAUAAAGCUGAAAUAAAAAGUUUUGAACAGUGCUCUUGUGAAGCUGGACAAAUUGUGUCUGGAACUGAGAAAUCCACAAAGGUUGAUAAAGAUGCAGAGAAUUUGAAAAGAAACAAGAUUGAAAGCCCGUUGGAGGCUGAUGCAUCACCUACAAUCCCUUGCACAGAGGAAGGUUUUAAAAUAGGAAAUUUAAGGGAUGAUAACAAUUCUUCUAAAUCUCUGAACUUGUUGGAGGUUGAUGCAUCACCUGCAAUCCCUUGCAUAGAAGGUGUUAAAAUAGGAAAUUCAAGGGAUUAUGAAAAUUGUACUGAAUAUCUGGACUCCUUGAAGUUGCAGACUAUCCAGCGUGAAACUGCAGACUUAAUGGAGUGUGAAGGAGGGUAUAAGAUGGCAGAGAAAGCAAAGCUCAUUGAAGAUAUUGGCAUGGUAAAAGAAGAGAAUGAGAGAUUUAAGAGGACUGUAUCUGAUCUGUUGAAGAAAAGUGAGAAUCAGAGUGAGAUGAUUCGUGAUCUGAUUCUGCGUGUUUCACAGUUGGAAGAGCAACUAUCGCAUAAUUUCUAA